CUGUACCAAAUCCACAUAAACUCGCUCCGCCCAUCCUUUAACUAAUACUUAAAAGCCAACAAUCCUUUUGUACUACAAGUUCACACAUCCAUGGUAAUAGUCAUGGAUUAAACAUCUAUGAAUAUUCGCCAUGUCUGUCGUAGCUAAUUACAGCGGACGUAAACCGAACCUUUUGUCGGCUUGGCGGUAAUUUUUCGGCCCCGGCCUGUACCAAGCACAGGCGAUCUCGAGUUAUUCCACGGACUUAUCUCCAGCUGGUUUCCCUGUAUCCACUGACUUCCUGUAUUACGCUCUGUCUUCUGUUACCGCCGACCUAAGAAACCUACCCCCCCACCCCCCGAAGCGGGAUAAUUAAGCCUUGGUUGGCGGCCCCAAACGCUAUCGGCGCCGAAGGGAUAGCGCUGAGCUCACGGCUACUGGCUACUGUGAAGGACCGUGACAUUCCUCAGUGCCCGGCACUGUCAGUGGUGCACAUCGUUCGAGGAUGAAGAUUCUUCAAGUUUUUGUAAUCCUCUCAGCCGCUAGUCUUUUACAACAUGGUGAAGGCGUUGCACCGGAAGAAGUGAGCGACCUCCUGGACAACGCACUGACCGUCUGGCGCGAGGCUAGGGACAUUCUGAAUUCUGCGUGCAGCCUGCAAGCGAUGACAGAACAGGAACAAGAACUCCAACGAAUUGUGAGCGAAAUCAGGGUAAUGCGGGCAAGACUUCAGAGACUUCCUGCCCCACAGCAAACACAGUCAGUACACGGGCUCACUAUAGAACUGAGGCAGCUAGAGGAGAACAUAGGAAACACACUUCAGGAAUGCAGGAAUCAGAUAGACGCAGCAUCUGAGAGUACGACCCCAGAACAAGAAAACACCGGUGGCCGGCCCCGAUACGUCGUAGAUCCGGGUUCCAUGAGAGCAAGUUUCGACGCAGGAGUCGCGUUUAAUGUUCAAGCAAGAGUACAAGGAGUGUCACAGUCUACAAUGUACAGGAGGAGACGGGAGAUGGGGUUUCUACAACAAAACAGAUACACCAACAUAUCCGAUGCCGACCUCGAUCAAAUGAUGACCCGCAUCUUGGCAAGAGAUCCCAACUGUGGUAGAUCCAUGGCCUUGGGGGCUCUGCGACGGGAAGGAGUGACUGUCGCCGAAAGAAGGGUGUCUGAGUCAUUGCGACGCGUAGGCGGUGCCCGGGUAGGAGCGAGGUUCCCGAUACCAGUUCCAAGGAGACCUUACCGCGCAGUCUGUCCAGGUAAGGUGGUAGACCCUGGCCUUGUGCCAUGAUUAAGCCAUAUCUACUGUAAAAUAUAUGUACAAACGAAAACAUGAGAUGUGGAAUAUGUCACAUUCGAGCAAAUACUGCACGGCAACACUUACAUGUACGACAGUCGUUUUGUUGCGUCUAUGGCUCGUAUGAACGGUUACAAAGGAAUUAUACAGAAAAUAAGACAAUUAUGACUACAGCUAUACAAGUAGCGUAACUACUUAUUCACACUGCUGUGUCGGGCAGACAGUACAAUUCAA